CGUGCUAGUCAUAACUGUGAGACGGUGGUUGUUGUGAAGUGCACAGGGUGUGGAUGGAUUUCUCGCAGUCUCCACAACACAGGAUGGUGCGGCCACUACUGGAGGUUCUCAACUCGUCCAAUAUCCUUCAAGCCAUCUCAGACAAUCCUGCCAACUUCAGAUUCCCUAAAGGCGCGUCGGUAGUGGUGGCUGUUGAGGACUGGAGACCACACGCCUUCGUCGACGUGGUGGAAGAUGGGGGACCUGGACGCCCCUCUUUCACGCUGAAGGGUCCUAUGAUGCAGCUCCUCAACACACUCUCAACUUCUUUAAAUUUCACGUACACGCUCGUAAGGCCGCCCGACGGUGCUUGGGGUGGCCGGCAAGCAAAUGGCUCCUGGUCAGGCAUGGUGGGCUUAGUCGCCAGAAAGGAUGUAGACAUCGCUCUGGGGCCCUUUGUUGUGACAGAGAGCCGGGCUUCGGUGGUCGACUUCUCCCUGCCUUUGACCAUGGAUCAUCUGAGGGUGAUGAGCCUUAGUGGAGCACCUGAAAUGGAUCCCUGGGCAUUCCUGUUGCCCCUCCGCCCAAUGGUGUGGGUGGCCACGAUAGCGACACUGUUGUUGGCGUGGGUUGCCACAGUGGUGAUGUUGAAGCUCUGGCGGACCCCUGGACACACCUCUGGCUGGAAUCCCUUCAGGCUUUUGUUUGAACAUUUACGAGUACUCCUGCAGCAGAACAGCGAAUUGGGCAAUUGUCGUGGUUGGGAGAGGCUGGUGUUUGCGUCGUGGUUGUUGGUGACGAAUGUGUUGAUGUGGAGUUACAGCGGGAACCUCAUGUCCCUCCUGGCGGUGCGCUACGUGCCUCACCCCAUACAAACCCUCGCAGAUCUCAUCACUCAUCCUUCACUUGUCGCCAUCCUUGAGGCCAACACCGCCUACACCCAGCUCCUCAGGGAAGUACAGGACGGGACAUUCCAUGACCUGGCCGCCCUAGAGGAGGCAAGUCGAAUGAUACACAUCAAGGCUUAUGACUUCAGCAGCGCCCUUCAGAGACUGCUGAGGGGAGGCAACCACGCCUUUAUCAUCGAGAACAGCUCCAUCGAGAAGCUCAUGGCCGAGGACUUAUCUCGCACAGGUCAUUGUGAUUUCUACAAGUCCACAGAGAGUUUCCUUCCGAGUUCCAUGGGAUUGAUAGCCCAGAAAGACACUCCACUCCUGCCCGCCAUCAACCAGAGGAUCCGGAUGCUAACAGAGUCAGGGUUGUAUGAGUACUGGGUGAGGAGCUCCACCCCUAACUCUUCUGUCUGUGCCCAACUGCCCUCCAGAAUCACCGUCAAGGAACCUAUUGGUUUCUUUAAUAUAUGGGGGUUGUUCAUGGUCCUAGCCUCCGGAUUAGUUCUCAGUACCGUCGUGUUUUACUUGGAGGUGCUGACUGUCAGGUGUAGCGGCGUCAUCACCAGCAGCAGUACCACUACCACUACCAGGAAGAAUACCAGAAGGGACGAGGACUCACCCACCAGCAGUAGUAGGGGGGUCCCUAGUAACACACUGCAUCGUUCGCAACCACUUUCUCUUUCACGCCCUAAGGAAGUUUUAUACUGUCUCAAGUCUCCACCAGUCACGAAGUAGAGAGAUGGUUCAAAACUUAAUAAUUGAAGACAUGAAAGAUUCCGAUAAUAAUGUAAUUAAAUAAAUGGACAUAGGUACUAAAACACUAAGUUAUAAUCUGAAAAUUACGAGGGAUAUAUUUCAGUCAUUGAGUUGAGUGAAAAAGUCAUACAGUCAGUCAUCCGAAGGAAAUUUUGAUUUGAGGGGAGGAACUGUGGAGGGACUGAGACAUGGAAGGAUGAAACGCUGUUAGGUGUGUCAUGUUGAUCGGGGCCGGACUCUCAAAGAUUCACACAUUGAUUUUUUUUCUUCUAACGGGUUAAUUAAAGAAACACAUCAACCUACGGUAGAGUACAAGUGGAAAUUGAUCUCUGAUGCCACUUCCUCUGCUCUCCGUGUGUUGUAGCGUAAGUGGACCGGUUACACCUCCAUACGUCUCCAGUCUCCGGAAUAAUUCAACGCCAAGUACAGUACAUACAGUAUAUAUCUUUGAGAACCCGGGCGCUGUAUGGUACACCUCCACCUGAACGCUGCCAUCACACAGGAUCUGGCAGCUUAAAGGUAAACAGAAAUGGAGACCAGUUAUUGACUGAAGAACACUGAAACUCACCUGCAGUUCUGUGAUAUUAUAUGAAUUUGACAUGGGUUAGAAGAUGCUAAAAUAAGAAUGAUUAAAACAGAAAAGGUUUACAUUUAUGAACGAUGACUAUGCCAGUGACUUAAAAAAAUGGCAUAGGCUCGUGUGUGAAUUAAGUCUUGCGGUGAAACACAUUUUCUGUGUUUCAGGAAAAUUGAAAAUUUUAAUAUUUGUUGAAUAAUGUUUUUAAGAGAUCUUUACUUCUUGAUUCGUCCUUUUCGAGACCCAUAGUCACCCUAGUCAUUUUGUUCUU